AAGUCCCCUCACUCUUUGGAGAUUCAAGCUUCUACUCAUGUACAUCGCUACUAUACAGAUUCUGACAGCAGUCAUAGCCGUGGUAUUACAGGGAAGGUUCUACCUUAUACUCAAUCAAUGGACUUCGACAAUCUUAUGAAUGUGACUAUACGUGAACAUCCUGGACAACACUUAGAGGAGUAUGGAGAAUUCGGAGGCUUCAUAUCAUCAGAUGGCGUACAGAUGAUCGCUUAUGUAGUGAUUUCGUUCACUAUCGUUACAUCAUCGCCAAUUAUUAUUGUUUGCCUCAAGCAUCUCAUGCUAAAAGAGCUUCACAAAUCACAAGAGGAGCACUCAGAGACAGUCAAGAAUAUUUCCAAACUUUUCAUGAAG